UGAAAGCAGAGAAGCACUUCAGCAUGUUUCUCUGGCUUCAUGUUAUUCGUUAAUUACAUAGUGUGCGGUGAGCAGUUGAUUGACUCAUUAGUGACUCUUAUUAGUACCUGGAGCUGCGUUUCAACCGGACAGUCAGAACCAUGUGCUCCGUGGCUGCUUCAUUUCAAAUGAUAAUCUACAUGGCAAUUGUCCUGUACGGCCCGGCCCUUGCACUUCAGCAGGUGACUGGAAUUAAUCUCUGGGCAUCCGUGGUCUCAAUUGGAGCCGUGUGCACUUUCUACACAAGUAUCGGUGGCAUCAAGGCUGUAGUUAUGGCUGACGUAGUCAUGAGCGCCAUCAAGUAUGUCUCUAUCUUUCUCGUGGCUAUUAAAGGAGCCGAAGACGUAGGCGGGGCUUAUGAAGUCUUCAGGAAAAGUUACGACGGUGAAAGACUUCGCGUGAAUGAUUUCUCACCAGAUCCAACUGUGAGACACUCGAUCUGGUCACUGACGAUUGGAGGAACUUUUCUGUGGCUGAACCUAUAUGCAGUCAAUCAAGGUUGGGUCCAGCGUUACCUCAGUAUGCCAAGUGUAGAAUCUGUCCGACGGGCUCUGUGGAUAAACCUGUUUGGAGUUGUGUUCCUUCAGACUGCCCUCUGUUUUGUAGGAUUAGUAAUCUAUGCCACGUACAGCGACUGUGAUCCAUUAUUAACCAGAAGAGUGACUGCGCCUGACCAGCUCAGUCCCAUGCAUGUGAUGGACUCCUUAGGUGCCUAUCCUGGAAUAACCGGACUAUUCGUCUCUGGGAUAUUCAGUGGUGGACUAAGUGCAGUGUCGGCCAGUAUCAGUUCCCUGGCGACAACGACAACAGAGGACAUCGUUCGAGGUUACAUAAAACGGGAUCUGAGCCUCAAGGCUUCGGCAGCGCUCGUCAAACUGUUCACGGUGCUCUUCGCGGUGGUCAUCGUGGCAAUGGUGUACGUGGCUCAGCUCAUGGGAGAUGUACUGCAGGCAGCCCUUUCUGUAGUUGGCAUCGUUGGGGGUCCCACAGUUGGAGUAUUUACGCUGGGAAUGUUCGUGCCCUUCGCAAAUUGUCUUGGCGCCAUUGUGGGUCUGAUCACUGCAACUGGCACAUUAUGCUGGAUUGCAGCUGGAGCCUUUAUUCGACGACCGCUCGCCCACAGGCCACCCGUGUCCGUCGAAGGGUGCAUCAACAUUUACCGUAACAUCACAGGUCUCAAUUCAACAGUCUUACCGACCGUGGACGUGGACCUGCACAAUUCGGGCAUCGAGUUUGCAUACAAGCUCUCUUAUCUAUGGUACAGUCUGAUAGGAGCAUUCAUUGUAAUGGCCCUCGGUUCAUUCAUCAGUCUUCUUACAGUUCGCUGUACAAGAUCGGCUGCCGUAGACGAGAGAUUACUUAGUCCAUUUGUGAGCCGCCGGAAAAUGAGAUCUGCAGGAGCGAAAAAAGACGGCUGUGAAUUUUCAUCGAGCGAAGACUUCCUGAACGACAAGCCAAAGUCCGCAACCUCAGAUAUUUUCUUCAUACCGCCACCAGAGGCUGGAACGACUUCGCCGGUAUCGUAGUGUAUGGAGAAUGAAAAAGAAGAAGAUGAAGGACAAUAUGGA